AUGGGCCGAAACUGGAAACGGAAUCAAAAGAACAAAUACAACCGAGGUGGGAAAAAGCCGAAGCCUGCAGAUCCUUCAAAAUAUGGGGAACAUAAAGACCCGUACAAACUGAUCUCAGGUGGAAACUACAAACUCGAGGCCUAUUAUGCCUAUCAAGAUAUCCACCAACAGGUAUUCGAUAGUCAAAGCAAUGAUUUCUUGGAAUGUCGAAGUGAUGAACAAAAGGAAGAGGAGAGAGUCAAAUGGCUGGAGAGUAUGAAAUCGAUUUUGCCCGCUUCGUUUAGAAUUGGACGUGAUGUUGAUGUUGUCCUCCGUGACCGACUUAAAAAGGAGCUUGAAAGCUACGUUGGGAAAAAGAUGGAGAUAGAAGUGACUCCCAAAGGCGGAGAACGACGAAACCGCGAACUAGAUUUGAAAUCUGAAUUCAAAAUGAUUGCUCCAGCAAAAAACGUAACUUUUAUUCCGCAUGCAUACCAAUUGAAUCUCGACCGCCAGACAAUCCGUCGUAACCCGAGUCUCAAUCCAUUCCACGAGUGGCUAAAGGUACAAACAGAGGCUGGUUUCAUCACGAGACAAGAGACUGUGAGCAUGAUUCCACCUGUCGUUCUUAACCCCGAACGGCACCAUACAGUCCUAGAUAUGUGCGCAGCCCCCGGGUCAAAGACUUCUCAGCUGCUUGAGGUACUCAAUUUACCUGCGAAUCCAAAUGAUAAGGAGCCAACGGGCGUGGUAGUUGCCAAUGAUUCAGACAACAAACGGGCGUACAUGCUUGUGCAUCAGCUGCGAAGGAUCAACAGCCCUGCGCUAUUCGUAACCAACUGCGAUGCCCAAUUCUUCCCGUUGAUUCGCUCAAAAGAGCAUCCUAGUGAGGGUGCAUUCGAUCGUGUUCUAUGCGAUGUUCCCUGCUCUGGUGAUGGGACUUCACGCAAAAACCCAGGCGUUUGGAAGACAUGGAACGCAUUGAAUGCGUUUGGAUUGCACGCACUGCAGCUGAGUAUCGCACUGAAGGGAGCUAGUCUGACCCGGGUUGGCGGAUAUGUCUGUUAUUCCACAUGCUCCAUGAAUCCAAUUGAAAAUGAAUCUGUAGUCGCAGAGCUCUUGCGAGCAUCUGAAGGAAGUUUAGAACUUGUUGAUAAACGUUGUGACCUCCCUGGCCUGAUCGCGAGGCCAGGAAUGUCAACCUGGAAAGUCCUGAGCGAAGAUAAGAGUAGGCGUGAGCUAAAAGAUAAGAUGAAGAAGAAAAACUCAAAAAUGCAAGCUCGAAGACGAGAAUGGGAGGUGAAAAAUAAGAAAGAGAACGAGGUAACUGGCGAUUCGGAGCAGGCAGGUGUAGACAACGAGGAUAUGGAAGAUGCUGAAAAAGUAUCCGACACUGACGGAGAGUCACGGGUUCCCAUCACAUCUGCAUACAAGCCAACUUCAUAUGAUAGUGUUGAGCUGAAGAAAAUGGCCAAAAUGGCUGGUCUUAAUGAGUACACAUCUUUCGAUGAGGUCCCAAUUGCAUUGCAGAAGCGAAUUCGGAAAAGUUGCUUUCCUCCUACAGACGAAGAGACUGCCAGCUUCAAUCUAAAGCACUGCAUGCGUAUCUUGCCGCAGGACAUGAACACCGGGGGGUUCUUUGUUGCUCUACUAAAGAAAGUCGCACCAAUGAGCUCACGAGCAAGGAAAGCUUUCCAACAGCUUGAAAAUGACUUGGAAGAGAAGACGGAAUUACCCGAAAGGGAAGAUGGACCAAAGCCGAAACGAGCAAAAGUAGAGCAAGUGGCCGUGGCGAAUGAAAAUGACGCGAAGGACUGCCAAGAAGUUUCUGCUACCAGUGAUUGUAAUCAGCCGCCUUUAAAUAGCGAAAAUAGGUCUUCUGCAACCCCUGGUAACGUGAAAAAACACUAUCUCUCUGACAAGGACGGGAACAAGCACCCAUCGCUUGGCAGGGAUGACUUUAUUCCGCUCUCAAAAGAAAUCUUCGAACCGCUCAAAGAAUACUACGGCCUUUCAUCAGACAGUUUCGACGCAAAUCAGUACAUGGGUCGUGCUUGUGGAGAUUCGAAAGUCCUCUAUUUCAUCACCAAGACUAUACGAAAGCUAAUUGACGAUGGUCUCCAAACAAGACUUACUGUUGUCACAAGUGGUGUGAAAGGCUUCGUUCGAAAUAACAAGGAAUGUGACGUAGGAUUUCGUGUGUCGCAAGAAGGUGUUCAUUUCGUUGCUCCUCACAUGACAAAGCGUAAGGUUGGCGUUGAUUUGGAAGAUUUCGAGAAAUGCCUGCAGACAGAAACCAUUCUGUUGGAGACCUUUUCAGAUGAGUUUGCGUCGGAAGUUCGAAGUCUCUCAAUGGGCUCAUUCGUAGUUUAUUUGAAUGGGUUCGAGGACGACUAUAUCAAGAAAUUCGUUGUUGUCAUGUGGCGAUGUCGCGGUGACGCAGUGAAUUGCCUUGUCAACAAAGCCGAGCUUAACGGGAUGAAGAGCAAAGUAAGGUCGGUGAUGGGGAAAGCUUGA